AAAAUAGCCUCAGACAGUGUUUGCUUUGUGUUUUCUGCAGCUGCAUUAACAGCGUCAACAUAUGUGACCACUCGGACUUGUCUCGUCGAACCUGCGAGGCUGUCAGAGGAGUAUGCAGCUCUGUGCUCUUUGUUGACAACAGCAAAACUCAUCUCAAGCUAUCUGCUAAUAAUGACGCUGCAGAUGGGGAUCUUGUUUUUGGCUCUGCUGGGCCUGAGCUCGGCGCUGAUUUGCCCCGAUGGAGGCAUGUGUGAGGAAAAAAACACCUGCUGCAAGAACACUGAGGGAGGAUACGGAUGCUGUCCGCUGCCACAUGCCGAGUGCUGCUCAGACCACCUCCACUGCUGCUACAAGGGGACAGUGUGCGAUCUGGUCCACAAGAAAUGUGUUAAUAAAACCGUCUCCCUUCCCUGGAUGAGACGACUCCCGACCAAACAGGCCCCAGUCGUCCCUGAGCUCGGAGAGAGAGUGAAGGCAGUCAUUUGUCCCGACCAGGAGUCCGAGUGUCCGGAUGAAACCACGUGCUGCCAGCUUCCUGACGGCUCCUGGGGCUGCUGUCCAUUAGCCAAGGCGGUGUGUUGCGAGGACAAGCGCCACUGUUGCCCGGAGGGAACAAAGUGUGAUCUGGUUCACUCAAAGUGUGUGUCUGCCUCGCUGGAGUCCUUCCCCAUGCUGGAGAAACUGCCUGCGAGGAGGAGGGCGAAUAAUCCAGUUCCUUCUGUCGGUUCGGUGACAUGUCCUGGUGGGAAAAGCACCUGUCCAGAUAGCUUCACAUGUUGCCUGCUAACCAGCGGAGAUUAUGGCUGCUGCCCCUUUCCAGAGGCCAUGUGCUGCAGCGAUCAUCUCCACUGUUGCCCUAGCAACACGAUAUGUGACCUGGAGCGUGGCGUCUGCAGGUCUGGUGAGAGUCACGUGCCCAUGAUGAGGAAGAUCGCUGCUGCACCCAAAGACAUUGUGUGUCCAGAUCAGAAAUCAGUGUGUCCAGAUCAGACCACCUGCUGCCAGAUGACCAAUGGAACAUAUGGCUGCUGUCCGAUGCCCAAUGCCGUGUGCUGUUCAGAUCACAUCCACUGCUGCCCUGCAGACACCCAGUGCGACCUGGUCCACAGCACCUGUGUGUCCGUCCACAAAGAAACCCCCAUGACCGUGAAGAUGCUCGCUGCUGUGGCAGAACCGGCAGCGACGAGCAAAGUCCACGCUGUUCCCUGCAACGACUCUGUGGCCUGCGCUGACGGAAGCACCUGCUGCAAAUCGGCAGGAGGAGAAUGGGCCUGUUGUCCUUUACCGAAGGCUGUGUGUUGUCAGGACCACCUGCACUGUUGUCCACACGGCACCAUUUGUAACCUGGCAGCGUCCACAUGCGACGAUCCCACCGGCAACGCAGUGAUGCCCUGGCUGGGAAAAACGCCCGCCUUCCCCUUACCGAGCGAUAACAGCAAGUGCGACAAGUCGACGUCGUGUCCCGGAAAGUCCACCUGCUGCAAGACGCCGGAUGGAGCCUGGGCCUGCUGUCCUCUGCCUCGGGCUGUUUGCUGCGACGAUCACCUCCACUGCUGCCCUCACGGCACCGUUUGCAACCUGGAGGCUGAAACCUGCGACGACCCGUCCGGUUCCUCGCCGUCCGUCCGCUGGUUGGCGAAGGUGUCCGCCAUGACCUCGCAGGCGAAGGAUGAGAAAUGCGACAAGCAGACCAUGUGUCCGGGAGGCACCACCUGCUGUAAGAAGAACUCUGGACAGUGGGCCUGCUGCCCUCUACCUCAGGCCGUGUGCUGCAACGAUCACGAGCACUGCUGCCCCAAAGGCUAUAAGUGCAAUGUGGCCGAGCAGACUUGUGACAAACCCGGAGACCUGAGCCUGCCCUGGCUGCAGAAGAUACCGGCCCUGCAGAAGGAGUCCAGUCGGGGCGUUUCCGGUCCGACCCGACCUGCCAAGAACAUGUGCGAUGCCCAGACCAGCUGCCCCAGAGACACGACCUGCUGCUUCAUGGACCGGACCCACAAAUGGGGCUGCUGCCCUCUGCCAAACGCCGUCUGUUGUAAAGAUGGAAACCACUGCUGCCCCAGCGGACACACCUGCGAGCCCCACCGCUCCUCCUGCUCUCAGGGCCUCCGUGUCGUUCCCUGGUUCACCAAACUGAGCGCUCUGACCGAGCCGAGCGCCGUCAACGAUGUUAAAUGCGACGACAAGAGCAGCUGCGCUUCAGGGACGACCUGCUGCAAACUGCCGACAGGAGAGUGGGGCUGCUGCCCUCUGGUCAAGGCGGUUUGCUGUGCCGACAAAGAGCACUGCUGUCCUCAGGGAUACACCUGCAACAUGCAGACGGGAACAUGCGAGAAGAAGAGCGACACCGACGUGCUGAUCUACAGCCUCCCUCAGAUCAAAGUGUUGCAGUCUGAGCAGAGAGUCGCCGAGGACGAGGAGGAGGUGCCAUGCGACAGCACGGGGGAGUUUCACUGCCCCAAGAAAGACACCUGCUGUAAGAUCUCGGACACAGAAUGGAGCUGCUGCCCCUCCUCCAGGGCCGUCUGCUGCUCCGACUCGAAGCACUGCUGUCCCGCCGGGUACUUGUGCGACCUGAAGGCUGGAGGCUGCUCUCUGCUCACCUGGGACUUAAAGAGAAACUCUGCUCCCAACAGACUUUAAUUCCUCCGAGGCGCAGUGACGACCUUCGAUCCGUAACAUCCGCCUGCUGUUGUCUGCGGACACGGAGGGCUUGUUCCCGGCUUCCUGCAUGGAAGAGUAUUUGCCGAGUUUUUGGACUCCUGAGUGUUUUUGAUUUUAGGUUUGCAGUCGUCAGUGGAGGCGUUUCAAUGGCGGAGAAGCACUUUGCAGGAGAGUUGUCAGGUGACACAGCAGCCUCUCAUUCACUGAAGUUUAUUAUUUCAACUCUGCGCAGGAGCCUUUUUAUGUUUUGCACCGACAACAAGUUCAUCUUCAUCACUUCUAUGGAGGCAUUAUUGAAGCAAAGCUAUUUGUCAAUGUGAAUGGAGAGAUGUCUGUCUGUAUCUCAAUCUGUGUGUCCGAGGUGAGAUUUGUCAAUGUGUAAAAGAAGCUGUCAAUGCGAACCGGAGUCUGUCUGUAAUUAGGUAUUCAAAUGUGUAAAAACUCUGCUCAUCUGUCUUAAAAUUUAUACAUGUAGUAAGAGUUAUCAAUGCAUACAAAGGUAUUAGAAGUUGAAACAUCUACGUAUUCGAGUGCUGAAAAUACUGACAAAUCACCAGUUACCAGUUGAGCGGCUUCACCAUUGGCCGUCUUU